AUGUCUUUUGGAUCAGUAUCAUCUGGGGCUUCCAGUCCUAUCAGUCCUAGCAGCCCUAGCAGAGACGGUUUAGCAAUGAAUUGGGUAUUUGACCACGUGCUUACUUACCCAUCAACCUAUGAAUUCACUCUUCCUCUACGCACAAUUUACACACUCAACUCAGCAACACCCCACACUUCACCUGCCGACUUCAAGAUGCUCUUGUUGGAACACAUCUCAAACAUCCCAGCACAGCCACACACACUACCACCUAACUUCCUCGCAACAUUUGUCCGAAGAACUUUCGCUGCUGAAUUGAAGAAUGUCGAGUUUGAUCAAGCAUUGACAGCAUUGGAUUACAUUCGCGAUUUGGAGAACCGAAGGAAGAAGGAGUUGGAGAAGGCCGUAAGGGCACGAGGCGAGAAUGACAGGAAGAUUCAGGGUUUGAGAACAAAGUCAAUCAAGAUCGAGCAGUUCUAUGCAAGAGCGAUCGCAGGAAUUAGGCGUUGGACAUUAAUCCAUGAGCUUUCAUUGGAACCUUUCAACAAGUUUAACUCUAUCGCUAUCCUGAACACACUGUACCCGUUUGAAGAACCUGAUAUUAAUGCAUUCCUCACUGCGCCUAUCCUUGCCAACCAACGUCAUACGCUGUGGAGAUACAUCAUUGGUGUUGAGAAUAAUGGUCCCGAAAUCUUGGAGACUGUGCGCUCAAACGCCGGUGGCUGGCCAGCCGUCAGCGAGUCAGUGCAUGCUUAUCUCAGGUUAUCAUUGGACAUGAUUCAAGGUGCAGAGGAACUAGGAAGGCCCACAAGCAUCGGAAGCUUUCGCUCCGAGGCGAGCUCUGUGGAUGUAGACGUUGUACCAGUCAACAAGUUGAGCAAGAAGAGCAGGAAGAAGUCGGGCUUUCUCAGGAGAAACACCAUCGAGGACUCAGAUAUGGAAGAGGGUAGUGGGAAGGCUAGUACGUUAGAGAGGAUAGUGAGAGGCUUGGCAAGACUCGGAUCAUCACAGCAGUUGCGAUCACCCAAGAUGUACGACAGCGAUUCAGGUCCAAGCGAUGAGGAUAUCAAGUCGCGACAUGAUCGAUACUGA